GACCCAGACAUCCGGGAUCUCCCCCACCACCAUCACCAUCACCAUCACCAAGCCCAACCACCCAAGGGACCUAGACAUUUGGGGCAACCAGGACCAACAUCUCGUGGGGAUAACUGGGAAACAAGAAUUAAACAAAUAAGGGUGGCACCACCCACCCGGACGCCCGGGUCCACUUUGGGAGUGGGAGGCAGCAGUGGAGAACCUGGACGUUUAGGUCCUCUUUGGAGCAAGGGUUGUCCUCCAACCAUGCUGGUCCUCACUGUCUACAUCCUGACCUUCACCGUGGGCUUCCCGGCCAACAUCUUCACCUUCGUCACCCUCUUGGGCAAAGCCCGUCGGCGCGUCUCCCCCUCCGACAUCCUUCUCCUCAACCUGACAGCCGCCGACCUUCUCCUCCUCCUCUUCCUCCCUUUCAAGAUGGCCGAAGCGGCUGCCGGCUUGACUUGGCCCUUACCGGCUGUCCUCUGCCCGGUGGCCAACUUCUGCUUCUACUCCAGCAUCUAUCUCAGCAGCCUCUUCUUGGCAGCCCUCAGCGUUGAGCGGUAUCUCGGCGUUGUCUUCCCCCUCCAGUACAAGGAUCGGAGAAGACCAAGGCGGGCGAUGGCCGCCAGCAUUGUCCUCUGGCUCUUGGCCUGUUCCCAUUGCUCCAUCGUCUUUGUGGCCCAGUAUCAUGGUGGUAGGAACCGGACCACGGCCAACAGGUCCACGUUCAUCAGCUCUGAUGGUUCCGCAGUCAAUGGGUUCAAGCCUGGUAGCUCCAAGAUGUCCAGUGCUGAUGGCUUUGAUUCCAAUGGCUUGACCAUCACCAGCCCUGAUAGCUUCAAACCCAGCAUCUCUGAGACCUCCAGCUCCAACACCGUCGAUCACAAGGUCUUCAAGGUGUCCAACCCUGGUGACUCCAUGGACAAUGGCUUUGUCCCCCACGGCUCCAAGAUCACCAACAGCAACAUCUCCACUCACAAUGGCUCCAGGAUCUCCAGCCCCAGCAGCCCCAACACUUCCAAGCCCAACAUCUCCAAAAUCUCUACCCCCAACAGCGCCAACAUCCAGGACAUCUCCAGUCCCGCCAAUGUCUCCCAGACCUCCAACAUCCCCACUGCAUCUUCUCCUGGUGUCCAUGAUGGCUCCAACACCACCACCGCCUACAAGUGCUAUGACGACUUCUCCGAGGACCAGCUGAGCUUUGUCCUCCCGCUACGCCUGGAGCUCUUCCUCGUCCUCUUCCUCCUGCCCUUCGCUGUCACUAUCUUCUGCUACAUCAACUUCGUGCGGGCUCUCCUUGCCCGGCCAAAUAUCCCGCUGGAGAAGAAGCAACGAGCUGUGGGUUUGGCCGUGGCCACCAUGGUCAACUUCGGUGUCUGCUUUGCGCCUUACAACAUCUCACACGUGGUGGGCUUUGUGGAGAAACGGAGCCCAGACUGGAGGGUCUACGCUUUGCUCCUCACCAGCCUUAAUGCCGCUCUUGACCCUGUCAUCUUCUACUUCUCCUCCACGGCGGUGCAGAGGGCCAUGGCUGGGGUGGUGGUGGCUGUAUGGGACAAGCUGAGGGCUGUGCUGGGCUGCUGUUAUGGGGCAUGUUCUCCUGAGGUCUCCCAGGGUGAGUCUGAAGGUUCGUUAACAUGAAGCUUCCGAUAGGGCAGUGA